AUGGCAGCGUCACGAAGUCAUGUAUCAACAACAGUUCGUCUGCUUUGUUAGUUGCUUGUCUCCGAUAUGAACAGAAAGACUUACGAGAUUGAUUGCUUUUGGAAAGUCUAUGUAUACUUUUGUCGGAUAUGGGCGGCUGCCACCGUUCUAGGUCUGUGGGGAAUUGGAGUUGAGGCCCUAUAUUUUGGUCACUUGCUGGGGAUCUACUUGAUAGUGCUUGCUGCUCUGUUGAGUUUCCUGGAGAGUGUCUUUUUGAUAAAUUAUUUUAUUAUUAUUUGUACAGAUGAGACGUCCAUGCGAUGUUUGAGAGUGUGGGAUGGCAUAUUGUGGCUGGAUGACUGGAGGAAAGGCCUUCUCUAUCUGGUGUUGGCCGUCCCGUGUUUUGUUCAGCCUCACCAAGUAUGGAUGGCUCUUAUUUCAGGGUGUAUGCUAGCAGUUACUGGUGUGCUCUAUGUGAUUAAGACUGUCAAAACUCACAGGGAGCAGCGGCAGCGCUCAGCAGCUCAGAAACCCUCGUAUGACAGAUUUGAUGAGGUUCCCAAUGAUGAGAUUGAGGACAGCAUCAUCAACCCUAUCAGCUCUGUGUCUGUCAUGUCCUCAGUGGCUGAACAACCAGAAAUACUGAAUGUCUGAGCAAGCUGCCAGGCCAGGAGGGGCCAAGUUUGGUCAGAAUUCUACCCAGAAGUGAACGAUGAGGGUAUGCAGUUGAUGAUGACUAUGAUGUGCAGUUGUGCUUGUGUGGAUGUAGAGAUGAUGGCAAGGGAGACAACCCUGCACACAUCUCGCCAGUAGGCCUGCAUGCCAUCUAUAGUAUGUCAUUAUAUUGAAUUUACAAGUAGAUGUAAAAUCAGUUAGAACACUGUGUAGAUAAAUACUGAGAGACUGUGUAAAGGUGGCUCUCUGUUGGAAACUUGCUCAUGUCACUUCUCUUAUUUUUUCUCAAAAAAAUUUGUAGGACUUGUCUCUCCAAACUAGAACAUAUACAUGUAAUGGAAUAUGUGUAAAUACUGUAAUACCUGUGGCUCAUGUUCCCUUAGCCCAAGGAUGCCACCUUAAGGGUAAAGUGUGCUGAACAUAGAGAUCAUGAAAGCCAAUGAUGCAUAAUUCUACUGGUAUGAAGUUGGUGCCAGAAAGUAAUCAAGAAAGGUUUUCCUUGUAUGAAGAUGAAAUAAUACAUGUAUUAUUAUAAGUAAUUUGCGGGUAAAAUCUCCUUCAGCAAUAACCUAGGAAUCCUCUACAGUAUUGUGCUGCGUUACAUGUACAUGUAUUAACUGCACGUAACUAUACAUGCAACAUGGCCUGCUUGAAUGACUCAUUGUCACAGAUUUAUGACCAAACUAUGCAAUACCUGUGUUCAGGGUAAGUUCAGUUGUAUCAUUUUGUUGUUUAAAACUAUGUUGUUUAAAACUAAAGACAACUUUUGUUGUUUAAAACUAUUUUUGUGCAUUUAUGCAUUGUGGCACUCCUGUCCAAUCUGUUGAUGGCCUACUUAAUGCAUGUCAUGUGAAGAACUGCCAGCCCUGUCCAAUCUUUUGGUGACCUACUUAAUACAUGUCAUGUGAAGAACUGCCAUCCCUGUCCAAUCUGUUGAUGACCUACUUUAUACAUGUCAUGUUAAGAACUGCCAUCCCUGUCAAAUCUGUUGAUGACCUACUUAAUACAUGUCAUGAGAAGAACUGCCAUCCCUGUCCAAUCUGUUGAUGGCCUGCUUAAUACAUGUCAUGUGAAGAACUGCCAUCCCUGUCCAAUCUGUUGAUGACUUGCUUAAUACAUGUCAUGUGAAGAACUGCCAUCCCUGUCCAGUCUUUUGAUGGCCUGCUUAAUACAUGUCAUGUGAAGAACUGCCAUCCCUGUCCAAUCUGUUGAUGGCCUGCUUAAUACAUGUCAUGUGAAGAACUGCCAUCCCUGUCCAAUCUUUUGGUGACCUACUUAAUACAUGUCAUGUGAAGAACUGCCAUCCCUGUCCAAUCUUUUGGUGACCUACUUAAUACAUGUCAUGUGAAGAACUGCCAUCCCUGUCCAAUCUUUUGAUGACCUACUUAAUACAUGUCAUGUGAAGAACUGCCAUCCUUGUCCAAUCUGUUGAUUGUCUACUUUAUACAUGUCAUGUGAAGAACUGCCAUCCCUGUCCAAUCUGUUGGUGACCUACUUAAUACAUGUCAUGUGAAGAACUGUCAUCCCUGUCCAAUCUUUUGGUGACCUACUUAAUACAUGUCAUGUGAAGAACUGCCAUCCCUGUCCAAUCUUUUGGUGACCUACUUAAUACAUGUCAUGUGAAGAACUGCCAUCCUUGUCCAAUCUGUUGAUUGUCUACUUUAUACAUGUCAUGUGAAGAACUGCCAUCCCUGUCCAAUCUGUUGGUGACCUACUUAAUACAUGUCAUGUGAAGAACUGUCAUCCCUGUCCAAUCUUUUGGUGACCUACUUAAUACAUGUCAUGUGAAGAACUGCCAUCCCUGUCCAAUCUUUUGAUGACCUACUUAAUACAUGUCAUGUGAAGAACUGCCAUCCUUGUCCAAUCUGUUGAUUGUGUACUUUAUACAUGUCAUGUGAAGAACUGCCAUCCCUGUCCAAUCUGUUGGUGACCUACUUAAUACAUGUCAUGUGAAGAACUGCCAUCCCUGUCCAAUCUGUUAAUGACCUACUUAAUACAUGUCAUGUGAAGAACUGCCAUCCCUGUCCAAUCUUUUGGUGACCUACUUAAUACAUGUCAUGUGAAGAACUGCCAUCCCUGUUCAAUCUGUUGAUUGCCUACUUUAUACAUGUCAUGUGAAGAACUGCCAUCCCUGUCCAAUCUUUUGGUGACCUACUUAAUACAUGUCAUGUGAAGAACUGCCAUCCCUGUCCAAUCUUUUGGUGACCUACUUAAUACAUGUCAUGUGAAGAACUGCCAUCCCUGUCCAAUCUGUUGAUUGCCUACUUUAUACAUGUCAUGUGAAGAACUGCCAUCCUUGUCCAAUCUUUUGGUGACCUACUUAAUACAUGUCAUGUGAAGAACUGCCAUCCCAUCCCUGUCCAGUCUUUUGGUGACCUAUGGUACCUGAACUUCUUAUGUACAGUAUGAGUACCUAUCAUAGAAAUGAUCUAUAUUUUUGCUGUUGUUUUAAUAUUCACAGAAUACACAAGUAUGUUUUACUCCAUCAGACUUAGCAGCUGAAAGUGGCAGUUUGCAGUCUGGUAUGUACAUUGUAGGAAGUCCAAAACAACAUUAGUGGCUGUUGAAGGAGGCUGUAGAAGUUGAUUAGCAGAUUGAAAUCUUACAUAUUCCUGACAGUGUUUACCAGUGCAUGUUUAAAGUGUUGAUCUUUGAAACAAGCACUAUCAUCAUUGAUUUUGAUUCUAUGUGUAGUGCGCCUUGGUUUCUCACUGCAAUAUUCAUGGUCUCUUCCCACAUGGACCAUUGUUUUUUGAAUUGAUUUUGAUUCCAUGUGUAAUGCACCUUGGUUUCUCACUGCAAUAUUCAUGGUCUCUUCCCACAUGGAUCAUUGUUUUUUGAGCCUGUGUACCACAAGAGCUUUCUGGGUCUUCCAUACAUGUAGCUACAAGAUAUGCUUGCAAGUUUUUUGAUUAUCUGUGCAUUUCUCAUGGUUGUGAAAUAAAUGAAGUUUGCUUGA